GCCACUGAGCUUAGUCGCUCCUAUCCAGCCUCUUUCGGACAACGAUACUAGCCACACCGGUAUAUCAAAAUUGUGAGAAAAAAAAUUUAAGUCAAUUCCCGCCUUCCAUUUUUAAAUUAAAUACCAAAUAAUUAUAACACAAGUGUUCCAUCGUAUUCAUUUCAAAUUCAUUAUAAAGCGUACACUUUAUAAGAGUUCAUUUUUUUAUUUAUAUUAUUUUUAUUCAACAAAGAUAAAGAUGUGCGUUUAAUGAGUUCCGGCGAAAGCCAGGGGCGCCGAACAACUUCCGUGUCGUGUGUAAGUUACGUAACAGUUCCGGGCAAAAUCGAUAUCCUGGGCGUAUAAAUAGCGAGCUACAUUCGAAACAGCUGGCCGGCAGCCAGGCGUCAUGCAGCCUACGAGGAUGCGGAGGCCGCGGCGGCACAGAUGGCUCACCGUGUCUGUGUUCUUCAUAGCAUAUUCGGUACUUCAAGCCGUGUUCAGCGCGUCUACCGCGUCUGAACCGGUUGCGGACAUUGAAAAAAUGGACGACAAAGUAGCCACGCCGCGGAUGGUAACUGUUGAUGAUAAGACUACUGUGAUUAACGAUGCUGGCAAGAAGGAAGAUGAACCGAAAGAAAUCACAAAGCCUGAAGAAGGCAAAGAAAAUCCCGAAGAAGAAGAAGAAAAUGAAAUAGAGGGGAAUAAGAAGACAAUGAAAUCUCUUGAAGAAGAGGAGGAGGAUGAAGAUAAAAAAACUCAAAAAGACGCUGGAUAUACAGAGACCGAUACAAUGACGAAACUACGGGAAAAGGAAAAAGCUGCGUGGCCGAUACCAACCGUGCAUCCAUACAGGGCGAACUGCACUCCACCAGCGAUUGAACAGUUCCCUAAGCCUCUCAUGGGUCAAAACGCACGCAAGCAUGGCGGCUUAAUCAUUCACAUUCUGGUGGCGGUGUUUACCUUCAUUGGCCUGGCCAUCGUCUGCGACGAGUAUUUCGUCUCGAGCCUCGACAGGAUCUGCGAAGAACUGAAGCUAGCUCCUGACGUGGCGGGCGCUACAUUCAUGGCCGCAGGCAGCUCGGCUCCGGAGCUCGCCACUGUUGUCAUUGGAGUCUUCUGCGCGCAGGACGAUAUAGGCGUAUCUGGAGUAAUAGGUUCAGCCGUGUUCAACAUAAUGUUCGUGAUCUCGGUGUGCGCGCUGUGCGCCGGCACGGUGUCGCAUCUCAACUGGUGGCCGCUCUGCCGCGACUGCUUCUUCUACGCUAUCUCCAUCCUCGUGAUGCUGUGCACCAUCGCUAACGAAUACGUCUCCUGGCCAGAAGCUUUGUUCAUGCUGAUAAUGUACGGCGUGUACUGCGUCGCCCUUCGAUUCAACACUCAGCUGGAACAAUGGGCCCUCACCUUGCCACUGCCUUUCAAACUGCCCACCAGGGAGGAACAGGCUGCUCUUGUCACUUACAGGAGUGCGGGUGGACAACCGGCGCCACCACCGGCCACCGAUAGUGACUAUGUUCAGAUGGACGGACAGACUAAGGAGACACCCAUGCAGAACGCACCUUACAACCCGAAUGGCGCUUAUGACAACGCGGCGUACAAUGCGGACCCCACCCCCGUUUGGGAUCCCAACCAGACGUGGGACCCGAACCAGGCAUGGGAUGAUACGACGCAGUCGACGGCCUGGAACGCCUCGCAAGCGGGCACCCAGCAAUACGCUGGCCAGAACCCUUCCCAACAACAACCGCAACAGCAACAGCAGCAACAACAGCAACAGCAACAACAACAGCCACAACAGCCACAGCAAUCACAAAUGCCACAUAUGCCUGCGUACUACAAAGCCAAGGAGUACAACCCUGAAACUGCAGUCGAUCCGCUCGUCAAGCCCAUCGGAGCUAAUCACUUGCAGCUGGCGUGCUGGUACGUGGCGUUCCCGAUCCACUGGUCGUGCCGGCACACUAUGCCGGACUGCCGCGGCCCCUGGUACCCUGUAACCUUCAUCAUCUCCAUGCUCUGGAUCUCUUUCUACUCUUACUUCAUGGUGUGGAUGAUCACCAUUAUUGGGUACACUUUGGGCAUUCCUGAUACUGUGAUGGGGCUCACGUUUGUGGCGGCCGGCGUCUCCGUCCCUGACGCUUUGUCAUCACUCGCCGUCAUCAAAGAGGGCUACGGUGACAUGGCGGUGUCGAAUGCCGUUGGCUCCAAUGUGUUCGACAUCCUGGUGUGCCUCGGCCUGCCGUGGUUCAUUCAAACCGCCAUCAUUCAGCCCGGUAGCCACGUCAACGUUUACAGCAAAGGCCUAAUUUACUCAACCCUGUCUCUGUUCUCCACCGUGGUCUUCCUUGUGGUGGCGACGCACGCUAACGGCUGGAAGCUGGAUCGCAAGUACGGCGCGGUGCUGAUGGUUUGGUACAUCUUGUUUAUCACUCUGGCCAGCUUGUACGAACUCAACGUCUUCGGGCCCUUCAACAAACCUGACUGCAUCUCUAACUUCUAAACGUUGGCACGAUUGUUUUGAUUUUUAUUGGUUCACCUUACUACGGUGUUGUAAUUUUUAUUGGUCCUAGUUGCCAUGUACUUAUUUGGUUUGUUGAGACUAUAUACAAUGAUAGCACCAGUUGGUUUGCAUUGUUAUUGUAGUUUCUGAUAUUACGGCUAUAUGUGACGUUUGAGUACCAAUUGUGUUCCUUAAGUGAGAAAAUCUUAACAAACUUGAUUGUCAAUGUCCUUGCACACAAUUUACAUUGGUUUAUGCUAAAGCCAAAAAUUGCAGGUUCGACAUCGUUAUAACAUUUAAAAAUUCAAUAGUACCGUCAAUAAGGUCCUUUAGAUUUUCCUCAUUUGUUUCUAUAUUCCUUGUUUAAUCUGAAGACGGUACAAAGCUCAGUUAUAACGGUUAAUAUCUAAAAGCUUACUUAAAGUAAUAUAAUUUAUAAGCCUUCGGUAAAUAGUGUUUUAGUUUUAUUUCCCUACAAGAAAAAAAAAUAAAUACCAAACAAUUUUCCAUUUUAAGUAGAACAAAAUGUACUUAAGUAGUUUAUAUUUCUCAUUCUUACUAUAUUAUAGCAGACUGUAUUACUAUUAAUGAACAAAAGUUAAUCGAUUAUAAAGAAAGUUAACGUGAAACAAAAGACUUCCUUAAUUAAUGAUUGAAUUUGUUGUUAUAAUUUAGCAAUCGUGUGCGUAGAUUAGCAACAUAAUAAUCAUUAUUCGCAAACAACGGUAUUGUAUCACCGACAUAUUAUGUCGCUUGCGAUGGUUUCUAUAACAUAUAAAUACUAGUGUCGCAAAACAUAGAGUCGCUGUGCCGCUGUGUUCAAUAUCCAAGCCUUGUGAUCUCAAAAUUUCGCUAGAAUACACGCAUAUAACAUAUUAUUAUAUUAUGUGUGUUCAAAUUGACUAUAAGAUUUAUGUCACAUUUCCCGAGCAUUCGUUCAUGCAGCUGUCACCUGCAGCAAGCGUUUGUAAUAUCUCUAUUCAUAUUUGCUCUGUGUUGAUAAAUACUAUCACAUCUAAAGAAUAUUGUUACAAUAUAUAAAAUAAUGCAGUAAAGUAUUUAAUUACAGGAUAAAACUACAUAUUAAAUUGUUUCUCACUAAAGGGGUUGAGGCAAGUGUAUGAUAUUAAAUACUCGGUGACAAGAAACACAUGUAAACCAGGCAUAGUAUUAACGCAAGUCAGAAAUUAGGUUCUAAAUGUUAUUUAAGGCCUUAAUGUAUUUUAAACAAUGAUGAAUGUAACGUGUUAUACAAGGCAUAAAUUAAAUAUAAAAAUCUUUUUUGCCGUUUAAAGGGCCAUCCAUGAAUUACAUAAGUCACACUAAUCUCGUGUUUUUUGACCCUUCGCCCCGUCCUUCUCACAGUUGGUCAAGUUCCUGCAGCCCCCAACCUCCCCUCCCUCCCUCUUUCUCUCGCCCUUAAUGCGAUGUCACAUGUUUUGCAAUUAUAUGUCUAGAAGUAAAUAAAAUAACAACUGUUCCAAGAUUAAGGAUUUCUUUUUUAAUAAAAUCAACAUCAAAUAGUGGUGGUCGGAAUUUAGCUCAAAUGCAGACGGCGCGGCGUGCGCCCCAUUCGUUUCUUUUAAUGUCACACUGCGUUCACCACCUCCUUCCAUCUUAACGUAUCACGUUAUUAAUCGAUGGCCUUUAAACAAUAUUAUAAACAAUGUCACGUUUAAUGAAGAAGCAUCGGCAACUAAAACAAGAUAACUAAUAGCUCUACAAUAUGGAUAUUCAGGAUUGCCUGUAAAAAUGAAAUGCGACUUAGUGAAAGCUUUAAGUUUAAGUAGAUUUCGUUUUGUUUUUUAUAAUAUAACCCCAUGGAAAAUACUAAAGGAAUUUUAUGAAGUAUUUACAGCUAAGUAGAUAUGUGGUGCAUAAACACUAGAUGUGGAUAACAUAACACUGAACACUCAGUGUGAAUACUUCUCACACCCUAAAAAGCAAUAGAUUAUCAUAACAUAGAGCUACCAUUUCUUUUGUUAAUUUUAAUUAUUUUAAAUGUGGCAGUCGUGUAAAUAGCUUUCCCACUAAAAUAGCUAACGCACAAAAAUAUUAACUGAUAUUUUGGAAUGAUACCUACACACUUUCUCUUCACCCUUUUUUCCUACUUACAUAUUAUUUUUAAUAAUCCCUUUAACGGUCUUUAUAAAUAAACAAUCCCAAUUGUUUAAAGUCAUUUGUAAGUAUAUCAAAAAAACUUUGUACUGAUGGGAUAAUUUUAGUUAAUAAAUAAAUGAAUCUUGCAUUUAGGGAUGUUCACUGUGGGUCAAAUCCUGAAAUGAAAACCAAAAUUAGUAAUGUGGAAAAUAGACAAAAACUUUGUUAAUUUAUGAAAAUCAUCUUAUGAAUAUUUCAUUAGUUCUAGAAAAAUAAUAUCGUGAUAUAUUCAGAUCAUGUUUAAUGAUUUAUUUUUAAUAGACAAAACAAAAACCUAAUAUUUCUUCUUAUUUAUUUUCAAUUAUUUUUUUUAACAGAAGGCAUUAAAAUUAUUUAAAGAAAAGUUCAAAAACAUCGAGAAAUUUACGAAUUACAAUAGGACAACGCUUUUUUUAGAGGAAUAUUUGCAUUUUUGCUACCAAAUAUCUAUAUAGAAAGAAAUAAAUAAAACUAGUUAGAUUUUAUUUUCUCUGAAUAUGUAGAUUUUAGUUUAUUUGGAACUACGUGGGAUCUUCCAUUUCUAUUUUCAUGUAUAAAAUCUUAUAUUUUUCUUCGACUGAUAUAUUCUAUAUUCACGACACUUCACAGGUACCUCUACUCACCCGUCUCUUCCAAUUUUCGUUUUACCCCAACUUAAUUCUAAAGUAUUCGUUUAAUUCCAUUCCAAUUCUGUGAUCUAUGUAGAGUUAGAAUUGCAUAUAUGUGUAUUUGGAUAUAAUGAUAUUAAUGUUAGGUAAAACAUUUUCGGCUAAGCUGAAAAUAUCAAUUAAAAUACGCUAUUAUGAGAUUAAUAGGAUUUUUGCUGGUAGUGUAUCGUAUUUAUGUCUAUGGUAGUAAAUAUUUUCUAUAGAUGUUAAAUUUUGUGUAGAUUUCAUACAUACUUAAAUAUAACUAUGUAUGGGUUCAAUACUGGAUUGUAUUCUGUAAUAUUGCAUAAUUGUAUUUUGUAAUUAGUUAAUUUCCAUGUAACCUAGAAACUAGAUCAACAAAAAUAUAUUUAAUUAUAUUAAUGAAAUAAAAAUGUAAAAUCUAAACUAAAUAUGUAUUAAUUUAUUUUUGUUUCAUACAAAAAAAUCUUUAUCUCAGUGUUACCUUCGUAUAUUAUAAUUGUUAAACACUCAGUACUUUCGUAGAUUUCUUAUUUUCCUUAGCUAAGUGCGUAAUAAUAAAAUUUCGACACUUUAAAAGAACAUUGCAAUCAUAACUCAUUUUUGCUGGAUAUGUUUACAUAAAAUGUUAAUUGUUCUUGACAUUUAAAAGUUUAAAUAAAUUUAGAUCAGUUAAUUUAUUAUUUAUUCAUCUUUUAACAAAAUUGAGACCGGAGCCGAUUGUGCAAACUACAAAAGUAAGUGAACAAAUUUAAAGUUUCAAACCGGUUUUAAAUUUUAGUGUCCGUAUCAACAAUGGUUUUUCUUCCAUCAAUUAAAUUUAGUUUACUUUAUUUAAAAUUAAGAUAAAGAAUAUGUCGAUUGAAGUUCUAGGUUUCUACACAGAAGCGUUUUGAUGAUUUAAAGUUGCUGUCCUUUCGUGGCUGGUUUACUAACAUUAUCCAUUGUAUUCUACCUGGAUCCAUCAUAGAUACUUAAUUGUAAAAGAGCCAUCUUAGUAACUAUCUACUAAGUAGAUAUUAACUUUAAUAGGUUCUUAACUGACUUGAUACAAUAUAGUUCCAGGACAAAAAGGGAAUUAAAUUCAAUAUAGUGUAGUUACAUUAACGCUGUCCAAAAUUGUAUUUGUAAAAGCACUUAAAAAACAAAUCUCGGGCUGGCAUGUCUAUGUUUUAGUAUAUAUUUAUUUCUUGUCAAUUUUUGGUAUAUUAAUUGGUACCGGUUAUUGUUUUUUCUUCUUCAAUGGUUCAUAUACUCAGUGAUAGGUAUACCUUCUCACUACUAAUUUAUAAUUUAAAAUACAAUUUAAUAAAGUUUUUUCAAUUGCUGAAAUAUUGUUUUGAUUCAAAAGGUAUAUCGUUGUUGGGAUAUCCCUAACAACUAAUCAGACAAUAGUAUAAAAUGAGUUAUGCACAUUGUUGCUCUUUUAAUUGUGUCAUUAUAUCUGUCAUAAUUGAAUAAUUGUACAAUAUGUAACAGACAACUUUCGAAGUCAAUUAACAUGAAAUUCACACAAUUAACAAUUGUCAAUGAAUUGAUUGAAUUAGCUGCUUUCAACAGAAGCGGACUAACGAUUUUCUAAAGAUGUGUUUAGAUCCUUAAACUCUCAUCUCUAUCCUCUUAUCCCUGGCGUAUUAGUUUAAACGAUAAUGGUAAUAAUAAAAUAUUCAGCACUUAUUCAUAUAUUGAAGUUCCAUGAGCUUUUUAUUUGUUACACGUAGGUUUUUAAAGUAAGGUCCUUGUCUAUUUUAACAUUUUACGCAACUACGAAGCACAUAGUACAUAAUGCGAACAAUGUUUCCAUAUGAUUAAUGUCCAACGUGUACCCAAUACUUAUAAGUUAUAACAACAAUGCAGUGCACUCUUUAGAUAACCAAUGAAAUGUUUGUCCGUUUCUGAUAAUAUAUUCGCUCAUUUUGAAUUGAUGUAGGUAUGUCAAAACAUAUAGGUAACAUCGAUUUAGUCGAUUAUAAAGUGUUAGGAAGGUUUAACCGCUUACAAAAAAGCGCCACCGAGUUAAAAUUGUAUUAUAUAAAAUGCAUGUAAUUCAUAGAACCUAUACCUACUUACCUAUGUAAUAUAACUAUAUUAUGAUUGUUCUAUUUUAUAUAGCAACUCUUAAAAUGUAUCUUAUUUUUGUACCUAAUGCUAUUUAAGUUUUGCACUAAUUAUACUACUUAAGUCUUUGUUCGGUCAAUACAUCGCGAACUGCAAGUAAGCGAAUACACCGAACAUUUAAAAGGAGAAAACUUAUUUGUAUCUCGCAAAGACAUGAAAGUAGUACUACCUAUGAAACUAUAGGAAAGUACCAUUAAAAUCGUGGCAUCAAUUAAUAAUGUCAAUUUGAUGUUUAUCAAUUAUAUAGAGUUUAAGUACAAUGUAAUUCGGAUUUGUUAAUUUAAAAUCAAUUAUGUCAGCUACACUUGUAUAAUAAAUACGCUUCAAUGAGAUCAAAAAACGAAUGAUACAAAUUAGUAUAGGCCUGAAACCUGGUAAAAGAACUGUUCUGAUUGCUUUAAAUAAAGAGCAGGUAAUCGCACGAUACGUAUAUAAAGUACUUAUUACAGCUACUGCUUAAAUAUGAUGAAAAAAAAAACUUUUAAAAUUUAUAAUAUUAUGUACUUAAUAAAAAAGAACAUACAUAAAUUAUGUUCCGCUAAUAUUGGUGAAGUAUUUGCGACACUAGAUUAUGCUUUAGUUUUUAUAUCCCUCACAGAAUUAUUAACGCGGAGGCAUCUCAACCAGUAGGAUAUUUCAUAUUUGCUACCGUGUAACUUUGUAAACGAUUCUACGCAUAAGUGUAUAUUGUAGGUACCUACCUCCUAAAGCUACCCUACUAAACCUUUUUUUAUAGGGGUCUCAAAUACGUCUUAGUAAUGAUGCCACGGAUCACAACGUAAAUUCAUUGACCUAAUAAAAGUCUAAAAAGGCAAUAAAAAAAAUUAAAUAAAAAGUAUUCACAAUUAACAAAAUUAUUUUCUUCUUAUAAGAUCAGUACAAGUGACCCCAAGUCAAGUUUCUUUGAAUCUUAAUAUCUCUUAAAAUUUUGAGGUCUAGUGGUUCAUUUGAAAAAGCUCUGCGAGCGACAAUAUAGCUAUAUGCUAUAGUUCCGUCAGUGUUUAUACAUCAUUCAUUUUUUAUCAAUAUCUUGCACCUUUAUUAAAAGAGUGUACAGCAUAGACAUUUUGAUAGGUCAUACUUUUAAUAAUUGAUUUUUACAUAAUCGCAUACCGUGUAAGUUCUUAGAAAAAAAAUAAGUAUUCAUAAAUAAGUACCUAACAUCUUUCAAAAUCAAAAUUGAUUGUGACAUCUUAUAAUUGCCGUUCUUUCCUGUCUACAAUUUGAUACUGUCUUUAGGAAUAUGUAGGUGUGCGUGUUGAUUAGCAAUUUUUAUAAACUACCGCCUAAACUUAUAUUAUAGUUCAUUAAUUUGAUCACCAUUUGCAACAUACUUUUGUAAUAAGGGAAAAAAAAUAAUUUAUUGGACUGCUUAAGACCUAAAUUAUGUUUCAAUUUGGCUGAAGAUAGUUUUGUUUGCUUCAUAUAGCUGCAUUUUGGGAAGUCGCUUUAUCUAGUUGUGUAGUUGUGUAAGCUAGUCAUUUAUAUACAUUUUAGCAGUAGUCGCUCACCUGUUAAAUUAUCAAUUAUGUUAAUCUGUUCAUAUUUAUAUAUACAUUACUGAACGUACACGUUUUGUUAGUCUUAAAUGUUAGGCCAUGUCUCCUGUAAGUGUAUUAUUUUUAGAAUUACCUAUAGGCAUCGCCGCACGACAACAUGAUAAAAUAGUUAUUAUUUAUUUUAUUUCGUUUGGGUGUCUCAUAACUGACUAUAACAAUGAACAUAAAAAACAAUAGAUUAGCCACUACAAUUGGUUAAUUAAUUCUCGGAAUGCAUAAUUUUCGUAUAACAACAUAUUGAAAUAUUGUUUGUUUUCGGUCUAAACGCAGGAGAGUCGGCCUAAUGUAAACUUUAAAAAAGAUAUUUCAACUCCCGUGGUUUGAAAUAAACUUAAACUGAUGUUAGGUUUCUGUGUCAUAUUGUAGAUAUACUUACCUUUAUAUAAUGUAAAGUACCAAUCCUUAUAUUAAUGUUCGGUGCAUGUUACUAUUCCCUCAGUACUUACAUAUUAUGUAAUCAAUGUAUCUAUUUGUUGCUGUUCUAUGUCGGUGUUUUCUCGAAUGUUACCUUAGCAAUUAGGUGUUCUGUAAUGGUUCGCGUGCGGGCCAACAUUAAUGUGAAAAUAAUUUAUUGUUAAAUACUGUAAGUUAUAUUAAAAUGUUAAAUAAAGUGUAAAAAUGUA